CACGUUCCUCUAUGAAUGCGCCGCCUAAAAGCCUUAUUUCCACCAGUGCUUCAGCUCAAUGCGCUCCUAUAUUCAAGGCUCUGCAAUCUCGUCAGUUGCCUCUGAGCCGGCGAGCAUUCUCCACAACGUCUCAGCAGCGGCACGGCCAUGUCACCCCGCCAAAGGCCGGCGAAGAACUUUGGGUCACAUUUAUUGACAAGGAUGGCGAAGAACACAAGUUUGCCGUCUCGGCCGGUGAUAACCUGCUCGACAUUGCCCAGGCCAACGAUUUGGAGAUGGAGGGCGCCUGCGGGGGUUCAUGCGCAUGCUCGACUUGCCAUGUUAUCGUAGAGGGAGAAGAUCACUAUGACAAGAUGCCCGAGCCCGAAGACGACGAGAACGACAUGCUGGAUCUCGCCUUUGGCUUGACUGAGACGAGCCGUCUGGGCUGCCAGGUCAAGAUGACAAAAGAGCUGGACGGCUUGGUCGUCAGGCUGCCUUCCAUGACGAGGAAUCUGCAAGCCAGCGACUUCCAAUGAGUAAAUAGGAGUCUUUUAAUGUUAAUAUGAUGAAUAGACGAAGAAGGAGCCUUGUAUUUUUAAAUGUUGGACAAGCAUAGAAGCGGUGGGAGAGGCCGGCGAGCCUCGGUUGGACACAAAGCAUUUGCCCAAGGAGGGGUAUCUUUGAUGUGAAAUAUUGUAUACCUAGUGAUAGUACUAAAAUCUCAAGACAGGCCGAAAAUCGCUCCCUAUAUAGAUACAUAUUGUGGAGGAAAAACCAUAAGCAAAAAAAAAAAAAACAAACAAAACCGUGAAUAUUACCCCCUACGCCUCUUCCAAGGGAGCCUUCUUUAAACCGCCUCCUCCCGAAGCAAUCAGAUCCAAGAAACCCUUCUUGCUCAUCUCGUUAAUCUUCUCUUCUCUUGUAUUCUUUCCAAUGACGCCCUCCUUUCUGACACUUUUCUCUGCAUCAG